UGGGGUGAUUGGGUGCCUGUCGUCUGCAUCUUUAGUUGGCGUGGUGCCUGCCCAAUCUGGAGACUGGCUGAAGGCUAACCCCGCGUCUGUGUAGAAACGGCUACCACUACCUGAUUCUCCACCAACGCCACCACACCCAUAGCGAUUUCAGCCUCCAUUGACAAGCCCAAUUGCAGCAUUCUGUUUCAUCAUACCGGCUCAAUAAAGAAGACAUAUCUGAACAACGAAAAUAUAAGAAUGGCUCCAAUCAGACGACCGCGUCCCGCCUUCAACGCUUGGCGUUAUUUUCCGAAAGCUGCUUGCUCUGAGACCUCAACUAUGCUUAAACUUGCUAGCUUUCUUGGCGAUGUCGCUGCAAUGUGCAGUGUUCACCAGGCAGCGUCAUGGAAUCAGUGUGUGCAGAUCUGAUCGACAUCCCAUUUUGAUUGUCGCUCGAACAAGACUCGUUUCAUUGCCAUGCCAAUGCCAAGGGUGGACUUUGUUCGCGAAAAAGGGUCACAUCACCACUAGUGAUGGCUUGUCUUAGACACGGUGCCCUCCCAUCCACCUUGGCCACGGCACAGCCCAAAGACAUUUCGGUGCUUCUCCUGCCAAUCGAAUCGCUCGGCAUUCCUGGCUGAAAGCCUCUUGUCAAAUCUCCCUCGAUGACCUGCGUUCCAGCAGCCCCGUGGUGAUGAUGCAACGACCCACCGAACGUCUAUCGAUGUCUAGUCUGAAUCUUUAUAUAUCUCCUGCUGUCUCGCUAGUCCGUGAACAAUCCGCUUCUUGGAUUUUCCAUAGUGUCAUUAGCCGGGCGAAGCAAUUUCCAAGUUGAGCCUUGGUGACCAAAGCAGUGCUGUAAAUCGUCUUCCGCGUUACGCUUCCAGCUUGACUCAAAAUCAUCUCGAUACAUCAGCAGGAUGAGAUCUUCAGCCGCUUUCCUCACCUGCAUGGUGGCAGCUGCCACUGCUGCUCCAGCACUCGAAUCUGGCUUACCAACUGAGAUUGUUGCUAAUGGCAAGUCUUUCCGCCUUCAGCAGACGCGAAACGAGCGAUUCAAGGCACGCGAUGCUGUCCACGAAUUCUACAUGGCUCACUCGAAGUAUGGUAAGGCCAUACCUGCAGCUCUCAAAGCCACCAUUCAGCAAAGACCUAGCUUGAACAACAAAUUUUCCAUUUACGGAGACGGCACUGUUUCCAAGGGCAGUGUCACAGCAUCCCCUGUUCAACCUGCAUACGAUUCCGAGUAUAUUAUCCCAGUCCAGGUCGGAACCCCUCCACAAACACUCCCGAUGAAUCUUGACACCGGAUCUGCAGACUUUUGGGUCUUCUCUACUACAACAUACGCCAUGGAAAUUCAGCACCAGAAGCUGUACUCUCCAAAUGCCUCCCUGACAAGCCAAGUAAUGCCUGGCGAGAGCUGGAAAGUUCUGUAUGGCGACGGAUCGGGUGCUUCCGGCAUCGUUUAUAAAGACAAAGUUUCAGUCGCUGGGCUGGAAGUAGCCACCCAGGCUGUUCAAGUUGCUGUAGACGUAUCCCCAGACAUUUCCAAGGAUUCGGCUUCCUCUGGAAUCUUGGGAAUGGCGAGCGGACGUGCCAAUACAGUUCGCCCUCACAUUCAGCUAACAUUUUUGGACAACAUUAUGGAAAAGCUUCAGCAGCCAGUCUUCACUGCAAACCUGCAAAAGGGCGCUCCUGGCAGCUACGAUUUUGGCUACAUUGACCACAAGGCAUACACUGGCAAGAUCAAAUAUUCACAGAUCAGCUUGGGUAGCCCUUUCUGGCAAGUUUAUUUGACUGGAUAUGCAGUCGGCGAUCUCCAAACCUACAACAGCACCCGAUUCCCCGCUAUUGUUGAUACUGGAACCAGUCUUCUCAUGCUACCUGAAGAUAUCGUCAAGAGCUACUACGGCAAGGUGCCAGAUUCGUAUUUGGAUCCCAAGAUUGAAAUGAUGAUGAUCCCCUGCAACGCCACUCUCCCCGAUUUGACUUUUGGCAUCGACGAGUACCGCGGUCGUAUCCCUGGGCAUUUCAUGAACUACGCGCAAAACGAAGAUGGCCACUGCUACGGCGGUCUUCAGUCCUCUGAAGGUCUUCCGUUUGGCGUGAUUGGCGAUAUCUUGAUCAAGUCUCAGUACGUCGUUUUCAAUCGAGGAGACUUGACCGUCGGAUUUGCCAAUAAGAAGACACCCCUUGCUUAGAGUACCGAAGUCAUCGGAUAAGAGAUGGGAUGGAAAUAGAGUUGGGGUGUUGGAUUAGUUUUUGGGCGUUCUUUCAUUUACAUUUUGUUGCAUCGAUUCGACAUGCACCGUAUUAACGAUAUUUAAUAUUGAAUACAAUAUUCCUUUUUCUCCUUACU